UCCCCCCACUCCGCUCCCACUCGCACAUGCUCGGUUUUCACCCCUUCCCCCUCUUCCCCAUCUUUUUCUUUGCCUUUUUUCUUUUCGUCCUCAGUCUUCUAUAUAGCUUUUCUCUGGCCUGUGCAUUGUCUUCCAUACUUUACUCAUUGCUCAUUCUCCAUUUUUGUUUUGUUUCCUUUUUUUUGCCAACACACCCAGUGUGCCGACCACUGUCUCCCAUUAUCUUUUUCCUAUAUAUUUUUUGGGCUUAGUGCCUUGAUUGGGAUAAGAUAGUGAAGAUAUGGCAGGGAGGUGGUGGGGGAGAGACAUACAUUAGGUUUGGGAACUAAUCCAUGCCAGAAUCGAACCUUGGUCCCCCAUGUACAUGGUCUGGGUGCUCUACGCAGUGUGCCACAGCAACCCCUACAGAGGUCGGCCCUUUUUCUUCAUCAUGAUCCGUCGCCUGAGACUGGCCUCGCCGACCUUGGUCACCCUGCUUGUGCUGCAGGCCAUCACCAUGCUGCUGAUGUUCGGCUGGUACCACCACCACCACCACCCCACAUCCUCCUCCUCCUCCUCCUCCUCCUCCUCGACGUCCUCGCAGGGGAAGGUCCACGUUCUGCUGCUGUCCUCUUGGAGGUCCGGCUCCUCCUUCCUGGGCCAGGUCUUCAGCCAGCACCCGUCCGUCUUCUACCUCAUGGAGCCGGCGUGGCACGUGUGGAUGACGCUGCGCAUGUCUGGGGCGCGGGAGCUGCGCAUGGCCGUGCGGGACACCCUGCGCCAGGUCCUGAAGUGCGACCUGUCCGUCAUGGACUCGUACAUGCCGCCGCAUCCCAACGUGUCGCAGCUGUUCAUGUGGAGCCACAGCCGGGCGUUGUGCUCGGCGCCGGCCUGCGCGCUCACCCCCCGCGGGGCCUUCAGCAACGAGACAGACUGCAAGAAGCGCUGCGACGCGCGGGGCCUGGGCGGCGCCGAGGCGGCCUGCAAGAGCUACUCCCACGUGGUGCUGAAGGAGGUGCGCAUCUUCGAGCUGGAGUCGCUCUACCCGCUGCUGCACGACCCCGAGCUGGACCUGCGCAUCGUGCACCUGGUGCGGGACCCGCGGGCCGUCUGGCGCUCCCGGGAGCAGUCGGCCAAGGCCCUGGCGCAGGACAGCGCCGUGGUGCUGGAGCAGAAGAUGAGCGAGGCCAAAGGGGCCGAGGCGCAGUACCGCGUCAUGCAGGAGGUGUGCCGCAGCCACGUGCGCCUGCACGAGACGGCGCUGCUCAAGCCGCCCCACUUCCUGCGCGGCCGCUACAAGAUGGUACGCUUCGAGGACUUGGUGCGCGACCCCCUGGGACAGAUCAACGGCAUCUACCAGUUCACGGGCCUGGACAUGACGCCGCGGCUGCAGAACUGGGUCUACAACAUCACGCACGGCAAGGGCAAGGGCACCAAGAAGGAGGCCUUCUCGAUCACCUCGCGCAAUGCCGAGGACGUGUCCCGGGCCUGGCGCACCUCUCUGCCCUACGAGAAGGUGCGGCGCAUCCAGGAGGUUUGCAAAGGCGCCAUGUCUCUCCUAGGCUACCGCGCGGUCAAUAGUGACAAGGAGCAGAGGCAGCUGGAUAUAGACGUGCUGUCACCACGGGAACCCUACCAGUUCAGCUGGCUGCCCUCCAAACAGACCAGUAAAGCAUAGCAUAACAUAACAAGCCCUCGAACAACAACACCUGGACUAGGAGCUGGGGGAUCCUGAAGGGGGUUUACACCGUUAGUUUGCCAGACUUUUUAAAAUCACAUUGAACAAUGAGUACACAUGUGAAAAUGAAUAACUCUGUGGGAAUUGGUUUAUUCCAUAUGGAAAGACUACAUACGUACGUACAGUCCCUUUAUCCUAACAUCCCUGGAGUGGUUCAGGCAUGUGAUGGAUAUGUUGGUCGAAAAGGAUAGCAUGCUUGAUUUCCAUGACUGUAUACACAUUGUCUGCGGCCACUCCGUUUUUCUUAACGGUGGUCCCAAGGCAAAAUGCUUUUUAGAUGAUGGAAAAAGUGAACUUUGCACCUAGUGUGUGAUUGAGGAACCAGAGGAACCAGUGUGAUAGCAUGUGUGCCAUUUGAAAGAGGACAUUCUCAUCAUGCAUGACACUCGAGAAAAUCUAUUGUGAAUUUACCUUUAAAAUAUUACAGUUACAGUUGAGAAGAUAAUUAUGCGUGCAUGCCUGAAAACACAUAAACGUCACACACUGAGUGUGUGGAUAGGGCAAAAACGAGGGACACACAGCACACACAACGAAACUCAACUGAUGCCGAACCCAGUUUCAAGGGGGCCAGUGCAGGUGGGGUCACAGGGGAGCAGUGCUCAGGAACAGUAGCACGCUCAGGGUACCUCACAAGGGAAAACUGCUGGCCCUUCACUCCUCUCAUCCAUAUCGAAUAUUGAAUCAGAAACUCCGGGGCUAUACAGUAAGCCCAACUCUGUAACCACUAACCUGUGACUGUCCAACGAUGACUUGCUUGUACAAAGUAGCCAUGUCAGCAUGUGCCUUGAGUGCCGUUGCAUUGUAUGGCCCUGUGUAUGUUUGAGUGUGUAUGUCCAGCGUAAUUUAUUGCCAUGUUGUGGAUGUGACUGAGAGACAUAGAGGCUGGAUGAGACAGCUGGAUGAAUGUUUGAGUGCAUUGCAAAACAAAAGUGUGGGAGAUGCCUUACUGCUGGCAGAGGGAGUUAUUAUCGAAGGGAAAACCCUGCGAGCAGAAGUUCAUGGAGGUUUUGACCAAAUGCAUUUUCACUUGUUUACAAAAGCCACAGAGAGUUCGAAGAAACGAGCCGCCAGAGCUCACUGUUUUGGAGUCAAAAUACUAUAGAUGAAGAACCACUCUGACGCUAACCAAGCUUGUACAAGUUGAAUAUUACUAAGUAGGACUAGAAAGAACCAUAGCCAAUGAUAUCAUUAGCAGAAUCAUCAUUGUCCUGUCAGUAGUGUGUAAGAAGUGAACAAUAAUAUGUGAAAUGACUGAACUAUAGUGUUAUACCAUUAGCCAUCAGCUGUAUUUCACAAAUCCUUUUUUGAUUGUUUUAUUAUUUGAAAGAUGCUCUCUACUUGCAUGUGUUAUGUAUGUGGAAAUCCAUGUGUGGGGAGCUAAAAGCUGUCACUGAACAGACCUGGGGUGAGUUUCUCAAAAGGGAAGUUGUUAGCCUGUUAGCAACUUCGGUAGUUGCCAAUGGGAAAAUGCAUUGAAAACAACAAAGUUGCUUACUACAUUAGCUACUUUGGUUUUGAGAAAUCCACCCCUGAUAUGAAGUACUAGCAGAUCACUUUUUUUCCAGAGACCACAGCAUCAUUGUUUUGCCCAUUACCCUGUCUCCUUUGCCAAAUCAAUUUGAAUUCCUUGUACGUAGUAUGAAUAGCAAAUAUUGUCAGAGUCUCUUCAUGGCUCUGUAUCUGAUCGUUGUUUGGCUCACAGGCUGGCAGUCAAUUAAAUUGUUUUGCUCUGAUCUCAGGUCUGUGACCCGCAACCAAUAAGAACCAUCUGGUUGUGACGUGAUUCGGCUUUUAAAAGGCUUGCGAGGCUUUCCGCGGCUGUCCAGAUUCCGGGAUGACAAUAGGGGCAUGUUGGGAUCCUCGGGGCAUAACUCUGACGCCUCCCAUUCUGGCCUGUUGCAAUUUCGCUCUAGACCCAUUGCCACUCCCUCUUCAAGUUCAGAAAGUUCACAAGUUUGAACUGGGUGUGCUUGCAGAUUUUCACAGGUUUUUUAUUGUUAGUGUGAACUUAAAAAAAAUUCAUCCAAGCUUAUUCUCAUUAUUUAUUCAACUACCAUGCCCACAGCAAACUCAUGUUUUUGUGAGUUUGAUAAGGGAGAUUGGGACUUAAAAGUGACUAAGAGUUUGGGUGGGUAGGCGUAAUGAAUUCAGGGGGAUUUCAUCAUUGUUGCUAAAGCUUUGGCUUUAGUUGCAUAUCUUCGGAAAGCAGUUACAAGUCUAUUAUUUUUUUUGCAAAUGUGUAUUCAGGCCAUGGUUUCCCCUUCAACAUAAUGGUGGUGAUGAUUAUUGGUGUAUUUGUUCAAUCUGUCCUAAUCUUAUUUUGUUGUUUUUGUUUCUAUGUGGUGGGUGGUUGGUGUUGGAUGUCUUUGCAGGGAGUGACAGGGAUGGCUCCGAUUCUGUGGUUGUUCUAAAUCACGAGAGUGAAUGAGCAGUCUGUCUGUCCCAGUGUGUUCCUCCAUGGAGGCAGGGUGGAGAGACUGCUUUAGACAUGACCAACACGUUAAUACUGACAAACCACUGCUAUAGUGGAGCACAGACCGUGUGUGUGUGUGUGUCUGUGUGUGUGUGUGUGUGUGUAUGUGUGUGUGUGUGUGUGUGUGUGUGUGUGUGUGUAUGUGUGUGUGCGUAAGAAUGGAUACAUGAGAAUAAUUCCAUUGACAGGGUAUAACGAGGUACAAAGCCCUGGCAAAAUCGAAUAGGGAAUAAAGAGAUGUUUAAUAUUUGUGUAUCGCAAUUAUAUUUAGGCAUACAGACUGAUGAAGGCAUCUUUAUUCUUUCUGCCAAAGUUGUGGAAGUCAAUUGGGGCUGCUAGGGGGAACUUUUGAGGACUGUUGUCUGCCUCAAAAUCCUGACAUGCCUUCUUUCAUUUUAAUAUCGGCUUUCUUAUUCUGACAAUAUCCAGAAAGCCUGCAAACUGAGGAGAUCAAUGCAACAAAUUUGAAGUUAAAAUCUCAAGACCAAAACUCAAAAGCACUCAAAAACAAACAACCUUAAUCCACUUCUGAACAAACAGAAUUGUUUUUAUUGUUUUGUAUUUUUUAAAAGGUCUUACACAACAGUGUUUGUGUCACUGUCUGUCAAGGGAAUGCUUACAUUACAAACGAUUUAACAUGUUUUUAUUACGUCGUAAAAGUUGGAGUUGCCCAUGUCUCGGCCUUGAAAUGAACAAACAGUCUUGAAAUGAAACUGGUACUUGUGAUUCAUGAGACAUUUGUUACAGACUGUUGAAGGGUGCAAAAUGGUGAGUCAUUUUGUGGGAGACAUCUCAGUUCAGCUGAGGUGGACAGGCACUGUGAAGAUGUGAAUGUGAACAUGUAUUAUGGGAGCAGGAAGGCAAGAGAAGUCGUCUGUUGUUCCACAACUGACUACAUGGUGUCUUGUGUUUGUGCCUUUUCCCGUGGUUUGUGUUGGGUGGAAAUGGCUGAACAAUUCUCUAUAAAGUACAGUGUACUGUUGCAUUGGGUUUUACAGUAAUAAAACCCAGUCAGAUUCUAAAUAAUCAAUGGGUGGAUGGUGGUACAGAUUUCUUUAUUUUAUUUUUAACUGUCAGAUGAUUUCAUGUUACAUUUUCAAUAAUAAAAUAUAUUACCU